AUGGCGCUGACUUGCGACUGCCCGAUGUCGCAGCCAGGGCCGACGCUGGCAGCGACUUGCGGCGGUGGCGCCUUUAUGUUGUUCAUGGGACUGUUGGAGGUGUUCCUGCGAAGCCAGUGCGACCUAGAGGACCCUUGCGGCAGAACACAGUUCCGGAGUCACAUGGACUCGGUGUACGAUUUCAUCGUGAUCGGCGGCGGGUCGGCGGGCUCUGUGGUGGCGUCGCGCCUCUCCGAAGUGCCGCAAUGGAGGGUGUUGCUGCUAGAAGCAGGUUUCGACGAGCCAACUGGAGCGCAGGUGCCGUCCAUGUUCCUGAACUUCAUCGGGUCCAGCAUCGAUUGGGGAUACAGCACAGAGCCUGAGCCAGCCGCCUGCCUGGGAGAGGAGGGGCGCCGCUGUUACUGGCCGAGGGGAAAGGUACUCGGCGGCACAUCCGUGAUGAACGGCAUGAUGUACAUGCGGGGUUCCCGCAAGGACUACGACUCGUGGGCAGAAGCCGGUAUCGAGGGCUGGUCCUACGACGAUGUGCUGCCAUUCUUCCUGAAAUCCGAAGACAACAAACAGCUGGACAAAAUGGACAGUGGCUUCCAUGCUACAGGGGGACCGUUGACCGUCGCACAGUUCCCGUACCAUCCACCGCUGAGCUACAGUCUCAUUAAGGCAGCAGAAGAAAUAGGUAACGAGUUCCGCGACUUGAACGGCGAAAGUCACACCGGCUUCUCCAUCGCUCAGACCACCAACCGCAACGGGUCUCGAUUGAGCGUCGCUCGAGCGUUCCUGAGGCCCGCCCGCGAUCGGCACAACCUGCACGUCAUGCUCAACGCCACCGUCACCAAGAUCCUCAUCAACCAGACCACCAGGCAGGCCUACGCAGUACAAGUCAGGAACAGUCAUGGCGGCACCGAGACUAUCUUCGCUAACAAUGAAAUCAUUUUGAGUGCGGGCGCAGUGGCAUCACCUCAAAUUCUACAGCUAAGCGGCGUUGGAGAUCCCGCAGUACUGCGACGCGCCGGAGUUACUCCCAUAGUCCCACUACUGGGCGUGGGCCGCAACCUGCACAACCACGUGGCACACUUCCUCAACUUCCGCGUCAACGACAAUGAUACUGCCCCGCUCAACUGGGCUACCGCUAUGGAGUACCUUCUGUUCAGGGACGGACUGAUGGCUGGCACCGGUAUAUCUGAAGUGACUGGUUUCAUCAACACCAAAUACGCGGACCCAGCGGGCGACAAUCCAGACAUUCAGAUAUUCUUCGGGGGCUUCCUGGCGGAUUGUGCCAAGACUGGAAUGGUAGGAGAGCGGAUCGGGAAUGGAUCCAGGAGCAUACAGAUUUUCCCCACGGUGCUGAGGCCCAAGAGUAGAGGCCGCUUGGAGAUCGCCUCUGCCGAUCCAUUUGCCUAUCCCAAGAUAUAUGCCAAUUACCUUACCCACCCUGACGACGUGAAGACAUUAGUGGAGGGCAUCAAAUUCGCCAUCAAACUGUCAGAGACGAAAGCACUCAAACGUUACGGGGUGAAACUGGACAAGACGCCAGUGAAAGGAUGCGAGAAGAUCAAGUUCGGAUGCGACGCUUACUGGGAGUGCGCCGUCAGAAUGCAGACAGCGCCUGAGAACCAUCAGGCCGGGUCCUGCAAGAUGGGGCCUCGGGGAAACCCACUUGCAGUCGUAGAUAAUUUACUACAGGUGCAAGGCGUGGACAGAUUGCGCGUAGCGGAUGCCAGCGUGCUGCCCGCCGUCACGUCCGGGAACACCAACGCGCCCGCCGUCAUGGUGGGGGAACGGGCCGCCGACUUCAUCAAGCAACGCUGGCUGCAGGUACACUCGCGCGCUGUCUCGAUCACGAUGCGGAUGACAAAUUGCAACUAAAACAAAUGCAAUUCAAUUCAUUAUUCAAUCAAUGAAAUGCUCUC